UUCCGCUUGUGCAGGAAGUCACCACCACGCUGCGUGAGUGGUCCAUCAUAUGGAGGCAACUUUAUGUUCAAGAUAAUCGUGACAUGUUUAACUGCGUCAGAAAUAUGAUCUGUGACCUGGUGGAGUGGAGAUCACAGAUCUUGUCUGGAACGCUGCCACAAGAUGAACUGAAAGAACUCAAAAAGAAAAUAACAGCACGGAUUGAUUAUGGAAACAGGAUACUUGAUUUGGACCUGGUUGUACGAGAUGAGGAUGGAAAUAUACUCGACCCAGAACAGACCAGCACUAUUAGUCUUUUCAGGGCACAUGAAAUAGCUUCCAAGCAAGUUGAAGAAAGGAUUCAGGAAGAAAAGUCUCAGAAACAAAAUGACAUCAACAGACAAGCCAAGUUUGCAGCCACACCCUCGUUUGCUUUGUUUGUUAAUUUAAAAAAUGUAGUAUGUAAGAUCGGGGAGGACGCUGAAGUUCUGAUGUCUCUUUAUGACCCCUCCGAGUGUAAAUUUAUCAGUGAAAACUAUUUGGUGCGCUGGUCAAGCUCGGGCCUGCCAAAAGAUAUUGAGCGGCUGCAUAAUCUACGAGCAGUUUUCACAGAUCUUGGCAGUAAAGACCUGAAUAGAGAAAAGAUAAGUUUUGUAUGUCAGAUUGUAAGAGUCGGGCGCAUGGAAUUAAGGGACAAUAGUACGAGAAAACUUACAUCAGGUCUGAGGAGGCCCUUUGGUGUGGCAGUAAUGGAUGUGACUGACAUAAUUACCGGAAAACUCGAUGACGAGGACAAACAGCAUUUUAUACCUUUUCAGCCGGUGGCAGGAGAGAAUGAUUUCCUGCAGACGGUCAUCAACAAAGUCAUUGCCGCCAAGGAAGUUAACCACAAAGGUCAAGGUCUUUGGGUCACAAUGAAACUGUUGCCUGGUGACAUUCAUCAGAUUCGUAAGGAAUUUCCUCAUCUUGUGGACAGGUCUACAGCUGUUGCUCGGAAAAUGGGAUUCCCUGAAAUUAUCAUGCCAGGUGAUGUACGCAAUGAUAUAUAUGUCACACUGCUCCAGGGCGACUUUGACAGAGGCAACAAAACCACGGCCAAAAACGUGGAAGUCACAGUAUCUGUGUUUGAUGAAGAUGGGAAAAGGUUGGAGAAUGUGAUUUACCCGGGGGCAGGAGAUGAAGCGAUUUCAGAAUACAAAUCUGUGAUAUACUAUCAAGUGAAGCAGCCCCGCUGGUUUGAAACUGUUAAGGUUGCGAUCCCAAUUGAAGAUGUGAAUCGGAGCCAUUUAAGGUUCACGUUUCGCCACAGAUCAUCCCAAGAGUCUAAAGACAAGUCAGAGAAGAUAUUUGCUGUAGCAUUUGUGAAGCUAAUGAGAUACGAUGGAACAACACUAAGAGACGGAGAGCAUGAUCUCAUUGUUUACAAGGCAGAGGCAAAGAAGCUUGAAGAUGCAUCAACAUACCUCGGCCUCCCUGCAACCAAGAUUGAACUGGAGGAGAAAGGACACGCAUCUCUUGGGAAGAGCAUGCAGAAUUUAGGCUGCUGUACCAUCAGCAAAGACUCCUUCCAAAUAUCCACCCUUGUCUGUUCAACUAAACUCACACAGAACGUGGAUUUGUUGGGUCUCCUAAAGUGGCGAUCUAAUACAAACUUACUGCAGCAGAAUUUAUGCCAGUUAAUGAACGUUGAUGGAGGAGAAGUUGUUAAGUUCUUGCAGGACACUUUGGAUGCGCUGUUUAACAUCAUAAUGGAAAACUCUGAUACCGAAACAUAUGAUAUAUUAGUCUUUGAUGCCUUGGUUUUUAUUAUUGGCCUGAUUGCCGAUCGAAAGUUUCAGCACUUCAAUCCUGUCUUGGAGACCUACAUAAAGAAACAUUUCAGUGCAACCUUAGCUUACACAAAACUCACAAAAGUGCUAAAAAACUACGUGGAAAAUGCCGAUAAACCCGGUAUCACAGAACAAGUAUUUAAAGUAAUGAAGGCGCUGGAAUAUAUCUUUAAAUUCAUUGUGCGCUCAAGAAUUUUGUUUAUUCAACUGUAUGAAAACAAAGGAGAGACAGAGUUUAUGGAAUCUCUGCGGCAUCUGUUCAAAUCAAUCAAUGAGAUGACAAGCAGUCAGACCGAUCAAACUGUUAUAGUUAAGGGUGCUGCACUGAAAUAUCUGCCAACUAUUGUAAACGAUGUCAAGCUUGUAUUUGAUCCAAAAGAGUUAAGCAAGUUGUUUACAGACUUCAUUGUGAAUGUUCCAAGAGAACGUCUUGUGCGGCAGAAGCUCUAUUGCCUUAUUGAGAUAAUACACAGUGACCUUUUCAACCAGCUUGAAUGCAGAGACAUCCUCCUUCCCAUGAUGACCGAUCAGCUGAAGCAUCACUUGGAAAGACAGGAGGAGCCCGAGGCCUGUUGUCAGCUGCUGAGCAACAUUUUGGAAGUGCUUUACAGAAAAGAUGUGGGUCCAACACAACGUCAUGUUCAGAUUAUCAUGGAAAAACUUCUGAGAACAGUAAACCGUACUGUAAUAUCUAUGGGAAGAGAUUCAGAGCUCAUUGUAAGUGACUUUUCC